UUUCAAUGCGCUUGCGCAUUUUAUGUCUGAUAUCCACAAAUCUGUGUUGUGAAUGUAUUGUGUAAAUAAAGAUUUAAAGAAGUUGAAAUUUUAGGGUUCUAACACUUGUGUGGGAUAGCUCUUGUAUACGUUGGGCAACCAUUAGACACAGUUAAGGUAAAGAUGCAAACGUUUCCUUCCAUGUAUAAAGGAAUGGUAAAUUGUUUUGUACAGACAUUUAAAACGGAUGGAAUAAUACGAGGUUUAUAUGCAGGAACUAUGCCUGCAGUGGUUGCUAAUGUUGCAGAAAAUUCAGUUCUUUUUGCAGCAUACGGAGGAUGUCAGAAAGUCAUUUCAAAUUUAUUAGGUGUGAAGAAAAUAGAAGACCUAACUUCUAUACAAAAUGCUUGGGCUGGAUUUUUUGCUGCUUUCUUUUCUUCAUUAACAUUAUGUCCAACAGAAUUAAUAAAAUGUAAAUUACAAGCAAUGAGAGAAGUAGAAAGUGAAAUGACUAAAUCUAUGACUUCUGUUAGGAAACGUAUUAGUCCAUGGGGAUUAACAAAUCAAAUUCUUAGAGAACAAGGAAUAAGAGGUCUCUUUAAUGGUUUAUCAUCAACCAUAGCACGCGAAAUGCCUGGAUAUUUCUUUUUUUUUGGAGGUUAUGAGAUUACGAGAGAACUUCUUGCUAAACCAAAUCAAAGCCGAGACGAUAUCGGUUGGCAAAAAACUAUGAUAGCUGGUGCUGUAGGUGGUUCCAUACUUUGGCUUGUAAUAUUCCCGGCGGAUGUAGUUAAAAGUAGAAUACAGGUAAAAAAUUUGAAAACACCAGCGUUACUUGUUAUGAAAGAUAUUGUAAGGAGUGAAGGUGUUAGUUCAUUGUAUAAUGGCUUGAAACCGACACUAAUAAGAACAGUACCAGCAACUGCGACAUUAUUCGUUACUUACGAAUAUUCCAAGAAAUGUAUGCACAAUUUUUUCGAUAAAUAACUAAUGAAAUUUAUAUCCAUUACUUCAUAUUAUACAACAUGGGAAAAUGUAUUAAUUAUUUAUACAUGUAAAUAAAUAUUAUAUAAAUGUUUCAAUGUUAAUGUAAAUAAUAUAUAAUAAUACAAAUUGUAAUAAAAUUAUUUGCUAUUUAAAAAAUAAUUAUAUGAAUAAAAACUGUAUUAUAUAGGAUUUACAUAAAAUUAAUUAAACAUUUUAUUGUUAAAUUGACCUAUUUUGUCUUGCCAACUGUUAAAAAAGUUAAUAAUAACUGGAUUUAAACCACUGUUACUACUUCUUUGGAUACAUAUUAAAAAUACAUAUAUCAUUAAGAAGUGUAACAAAAUGAAAUACAUUAUGUAGUUGCGAAUUUUUUAUAAUAAAUACAUAUUACUGGAUUUA